AUGAAGGUUUUGGUCUUGGGUUCCACUGGGAGACUCGGCUCCCGUGUUUUGUCGGCUCUGUUAGCGCGAGGACAUUCCGUCGUCGCCUUUGCGCGCGAUUCAUCAAAACUCCCUCCCAGCAUUAUCUCUCAACUUCUGGCCGUGGAGCUCGGGGACGCGACAAAAAGUGCCGAUAUCACAGCUGCUGGAAACAAACACCAAUGCGAUGCCAUCGUCAAUACAGCUGGCUAUGCUGCCAUGGCUCCUUGGGGGAAAAGUGACCUUCCUUCAAUCGUGGAUGCUGCCAUUGCCGCUGCCUUAGAGAUGGGUCAAAAACGCGAAGCUCCAUUGCGAAUGUGGUUCCUCGGAGGACUCGGUCUCUUGGACAUCCCUAAUAGCAAUUAUCGAAUCGUGGACUAG